GGUAGUCUGAGCUGCUGCAUCCACUCCUAUGAUUUCAAACGAUCUGGUGCAAAACCGGUGCCUAUACCGGCCCCAGCGCCCUCCUUACAGCACAGGAUUUAGCCCCUAGCUCAGAGGGAUUCCCAUCUCGGGAACCACAUCCUUUUAGCAUCCUGCUGGAGGAUUCCUCAGGACACCCACGCUCAGUUCUCACCUGGCACCCGGGGUGUGCAGUCAGGACAGCCCAAGCUGCAGCCGACUGGGAGCAUCUCAGUCUCCUCCAGAGGUGCCCAGCACCUUCCGCCAGGCCAUAGUGGACGAGCACUCAGCCCAUGCUUGUUCUCUCCAUGCAAGCUCGAGGCUGCAAGCUUCCUGCAGAGUGUGCCAUUGGCCAGCUUUGCUCCUCCCCGGCGCUGCUCCAAUAUUAGUCUCUGCCCACGGAUGAACAGAGAGCCGCCAGAGCAGUGAGAACAUGGAUGGUGAAGCGGCCUGUGGCCGUGCCUCUCUCCUGCUAUUACUCAUGAUGCUGAUCAGCCUCUGGCCAGACCCCCCAGCCGGCCACGCACAGGCCCCACCACGCCUCACGCAGCCCAUGGCCCGCCAGGUGAACGGGGUGCUGGGCAGCUCGGCCUGGCUGUCCGUGUCCCUGCCUCCGGGGGCGCAGGUGAAGGCAACAGAAUGGAGCUUCACCGCAGGGCCAAGCAGCGCCAUCGUGGUGGCGGAGUUCAACGCCGGGAAGCUGGAGCGCCCGGAUCCUGGUGACCGGUUCCGGCAGCGGCUGGAGGUGCCCAAUGCCACAGCACUAGGCAUCCGGGCACUGCAGCGGGAUGACAGCGGCAAGUACAGCGCCCGCGUGAAACUGCACCCGGCGGUCGUGGAGGAUUACGACUUCCACCUCGCCGUUUACGAACCAGUGCCAGCACCCCGGGCCCACUGCCAGCUUCUGGGCAGCACCCCGGAGUGGUGCAACGUCACACUGCAUUGCCAAGCACCCAACCAGGCCUCUGUGAAUGUGACCUGGGGGACGGGCAGCCCACCGCGCCCACUGCGGUUUGAGCCGCACCAGCUCUCUGCUGAUGGCCGGAGCCUGCGCCUGGCCCUGCUGCCCAGUGCCUGGAACACCCCCUACACCUACCGAGAUGCGUCCUCCUCCAAGCCAGGCUACGUGGUCCUGACUAUCAUCCUGCUGGCACUGAGUAUUGGUGGUGCCGUCUGGUGCUGGCGCUUCAACAAGAAGAAGUCGGCCCAAGCCACUGCAACCCCCCCAGUCCCAGCUGAGCCCAGCUCCUUGGACCCCCAGUACGCGGAAAUCCUGCGGAGGUGCCCUCCAGAGGGCAAAGACCAGGCCCUGCGGCACCUGGAUGGCACCGUGGACCGGCGCUCGCAGAAGGAGGCACUCAUCACCACCGUGUACGACCAGAUCCGCCCGACCCCAGCAAACGCAGCCGAGGUCACCUAA